AUGUCGACCUCAUCAUUGCGCCGGCAGAUGAAGAACAUCGUGCAUAACUACUCGGAGGCAGAGAUCAAGGUCCGGGAGGCCACAAGCAAUGACCCUUGGGGCCCGUCAAGCUCGCUCAUGUCUGAGAUUGCUGAUCUCACCUACAACGUUGUGGCCUUCUCUGAGAUCAUGAGCAUGAUCUGGAAGCGGCUCAAUGACCAUGGCAAGAACUGGCGCCAUGUCUACAAGGCCAUGACGCUGAUGGAGUACCUCAUCAAGACGGGCUCUGAGCGUGUGUCCCAGCAGUGCAAGGAGAACAUGUACGCUGUGCAGACGCUCAAGGACUUCCAGUACGUGGACCGGGAUGGAAAGGACCAGGGCGUGAACGUGCGGGAGAAGGCCAAGCAGUUGGUGGCCCUGCUGCGAGAUGAGGACCGGCUGCGGGAGGAGCGUGCCCAUGCACUUAAGACCAAGGAGAAGCUGGCCCAGACCGCCACGGCCUCAUCUGCAGCCGUGGGCUCAGGGCCCCCACCUGAGGCGGAGCAGGCCUGGCCACAGAGCAGCGGGGAGGAGGAGCUGCAGCUCCAGCUGGCCCUGGCCAUGAGCAAGGAGGAAGCCGACCAGCCCCCGUCCUGCGGCCCCGAGGACGACGUCCAGCUCCAGCUGGCCCUUAGUUUGAGCCGAGAGGAGCAUGAUAAGGAAGAGCGGAUCCGCCGAGGGGAUGACCUGAGGCUGCAGAUGGCCAUAGAGGAGAGCAAGAGGGAGACAGGGGGCAAGGAGGAGUCCUCUCUCAUGGAACUUGCCGACGUCUUCACGGCCCCUGUCCCUCCGCCAGCCUCAGCCUCUGACCCCUGGGGAGGCCCAGCGUCGUUGCCUGCUGCUGUCCCUGCCUCGGACCCAUGGGGGGGGCCUGCCGUCCCCCCAGCUGCUGACCCCUGGGGUGGCCCGCCCCCCACGCCUGCCUCUGGGGACCCGUGGAGGCCUGCGGCCUCAGCUGGGUCAUCUGCGGACCCCUGGGGCGGGGCCCCAGGCGCUGUGGCUGGGGAGGGGCCCCCGGCGGACCCUUGGGGAGGCUCUGACAGUGGGGCCCCGGUUGGCGGAGCCCCAGCGUCUGAUCCCUGGGCGCCUGCGCCAGCCUUCUCAGACCCCUGGGGUGGCUCCCCUGCCAAGCCCAGCACCAAUGGCAUGACAGCAGCUGGUGGCUUUGACACCGAGCCUGAUGAAUUCUCAGACUUCGACCGACUCCGCACGGCCCUGCCCACCUCUGGGAGCAGCACAGGGGAGCUGGAGCUGCUUGCUGGAGAGGUGCCUGCCCGCAGCCCCGGGGCGUUUGACAUGAGUGGGGUCGGGGGGUCUCUGGCCGAGGCGGUGAGCAGCCCCCCACCGGCUGCUGCCCCCACCCCCACCCCCCCCACUCGGAAGACGCCGGAGUCCUUCCUGGGGCCCAAUGCAGCCCUUGUCGACUUGGACUCGUUGGUGAGCCGGCCGGGCCCCACGCCGCCGGGAGCCAAGGCCUCCAACCCCUUCCUGCCGAGUGGAGCCCCCGCCACGGGCCCCUCUGUCACCAACCCCUUCCAGCCCGCACCGCCCGCCUCGCUCACCCUGAACCAGCUCCGCCUCAGCCCCGUGCCCCCCGUCCCUGGAGCGCCUCCCACCUACAUCUCCCCCCUUGGUGGGGGCCCUGGCCUGCCACCCAUGAUGCCCCCCGGCCCCCCAGCCCCUAACACUAACCCCUUCCUCCUAUAAUCCGGGGGGAGGGAGGCUGGGCCCGCAGGCUGCCCGUCCUGCCCCCCUGGAGACCUUGCUUCCGGGAGAUGGGUAUUGUGAGUGCAUGUGAAAUGGGGACCCUCCCCCAGCCCCCUUUCCCUCCUGGGGCCACUCACACUACGUCCCCUUCCCACAUCCCCGGCCCUCCUCCCCAGGAGAAACUGGACACGGGGCGUGGGGGAGCUGGCUGGAGGAGGGCCUUUCCCAUGGCAUUAGAAGGGGGGACCGGGUCCCCCUCACCCUGCCCACCUCCUCCCAAAUCAGUGUUUGAGCCUUCUCGUUCUCUGCACCCCUCGGUGAGUCCUCGGUGAUGAUUUUGGCAACUUCGGGAAUAAAUGGCAAUUCUCA